AUGUACGUCGGAUUUCUCGCCGUCAACCCCCACUCUAGUGCGAGUGGUCGUCUGCACCUGGUUUUCGUUUAUUGGCUUGUCGGUCCGACUGUCAAUCAAUACUUAGUAGGGCGCUGCUUACGGUUUUCUUCUGCCUCCUUUGAAUGGUAUCUAUGUUACCCCAGGCGUGCUGAUGUCGGUCUUUACGCUUGUCCACCGCGCCCUCCCCUUCCCUGGAAACGGCGCCCAUCCACCAAAGGCAAAGAAAAAGAGGAGAGACCCGAUGUUGUCGACAUCGAGUUCCCAGCCUCCAUCCCAAACUCCAAGGUCUCGCACAACGUUAGCCCCGAACCACGUACUGCCAAGCUACCCAACCCAUCCCUGCCGGGUAACGGCUCCAGUUCCCUGCAGGUAGCGGUGAAGCAGAGCCCGGAUCGUGCAGCGAGCGACUCAUCAGGUGCGCUGCCUGCCCCCGAUCCGGACCUAUCGUCCGGCUCGCAGGCCUGUCUCGCGUAUGUCCCCGAUUUGCCCCGGCCUUCGUCCCCGCCGCCUCAACUUACCCGCGCGGUCAGCUGGGCUAGUAUUGUUCGUAGCCGCUCGCGGUGGACUGUCGAGCAGGAGCGGGAGCUUGCCAGGGCAGAGGAGCAGUUGACGCGGUGUCAAAAGGCUUGGAGUUCGGAACAGGAGCUGUGGAUUACUUAUGUAUGUCUGCAUUUAGUCUUUUUGCUGCGUGUGCAUAUUCUUAGUGGAAUCCAUUUGCCCUUGGACGAUUGCAAGUUCUUGUACUCCCUUUACUAA